AUGUACGCGGACAUUAGCAAACCACCUGCGCCGCUGCCAUCGGCCCCGCUGCAGAAACUACAGACCGGGAUUUCUUUGCAGCCGCCUCUGACGAGGCGCGGCUUGGGUCCGGGUCUUCUUAUCCUCACGACUGCAGACGAGUACGACGAGGACGGAACGCAUCGGGAUGAUGCACCGACUCCAGUGCUCAAAUGGGCAGAAGAGGGCUACACGGUGGUUCAGAUUUCUGCGGCCGCCAUCGGAUCGUCCAGUGCUGAGCAGAUAUUGUCCUUGGCCAUGGAGGCUCUGCAGGGAUGCGACGCUUGCCAGCCCAAGGACAAAGUCGGCGUGGUGUCUUAUUCCUCAUCGUUGUGGAACUCGUUUGCACCGGUGCUAGAGAACAUUUCCAGCAUCUCGGCAGCUGUUGUAUACGUGGAUGACCAAAACCCAGAGGGACUCUUGUCCGCUGCAGUACCAUCACUGAGACACAUUGCUGGUGCAGCGGCCAACAUGCCCAGUUGUGCGAGCGACGCUUCCUCUAAAGAAUAUGGUUAUCCCAGCAUCACAGGACAACAGCGAUGGUUCAGCCCUGGCCACGACGACUUUGACUACUCGGCCGACUCGGUCGCGCAUUCGCGAAAUCUGCAGUUCCUCAAACCAAAGAUGGACGGGCCAUUCUUCGACCUGGAGAAUAUCUGGGAGGAGCACACGUAUUACGAGUUUGCCGAUCGAUCGGUCGAGCACACAAUGAGUACCAUGGUGCAGGAGCCAUAUGUCAACCAUGUCCCGACCUUGACGGGUGGUGUUGGCAGACUAAAGCUCACAGACUUUUACCGCCACAACUUCAUCUUCAACAACUCGGCCGACACGAGCCUCGAGCUUGUCAGCCGGACCAUUGGCAUAGACCGCGUUAUCGAUGAAUUCAUCUUUAAAUUCACCCACGACCGCGAAAUCGAUUGGCUACUCCCUGGCGUCCCGCCCACGCACCGCAAGGCCGAGAUCCCCUUUGUCGCCGUCGUCAACAUCCGCGGCGACAGGCUGCACCACGAGCACAUUGCCUGGGACCAGGGCACGACGCUGCGCCAGCUCGGCCUCAUGCCCGACUACCUGCCGUUUCCGUACCCCGUGGCGGAAGCGCCCGAGGGUGCGGCCGUGGAGUAUCGCGUGCCGGUGCUCGGGAGGGAGACGGCGGAUAAGCUGCGAAAUCGCAAGGCGGUGCCAUCGAAUGAAAUGUUUGAAUACAGUGUGCGUGUCAAUAAGGAGUAG